AUGGCAAACUCCACGCACAGUCUGAUCGCACCGCAUCCUUUGCUGCGUGUUUCAGCCCCUCCAUCGUCAUCAUCAUUCUCCUCCCCCUCCUCGUCCUCGUCGUCAACAAUUUCAACAUCUUCACACGAUGAAGAAGAAAAUGACAAUCGUCACGAGAGAUUAGAGCAAUGCGACGUCAUCCUUAACAGCUCCUCGUCAGACAUCCCUGCUGAGGCAAAAGCUCUCGCCGUUCUCAAAGCCUUUCGCGAGCACCUUCCAGAUGACGGUCUGGGGAACUUUGUAGACGAUGUCCUCGCUUGCGCCAAGCUAGGCGGCAUGCCCUGUAUGCAACAGCUCAGCGACCACCUGCUCACAGCCAUUCUCAUUCCAUUUAAAAUCCUAAGCCUCGGACCGCCCUCUCUAAAACACAGACACGACCUCCUCGGUUCCGUGUCUCAACACGCCAACGGGAUCAAGCACCUAAGCGAAACCACUUUCGCCCGCGACGGCCGCCGCUGUGUCUACACCGGCAAUAUCGAUAUCCACCACGUACAAGAUGCGCCCGAGCCCGAGACCGGACCAGUAGCUUACACUGCGUCCCGCCAUAUACUGCCUUACGGGCUAAAAGACCACGCCGAGGACACGCUCCCAGAAACCGAGGCGAAAAGAGCGAUCUGGUGGUCGAUACACCGGUACUUCCCUGCCUUGGCCGGCAAGAUCGACAGUUCGAGUAUCGACCAGCCAGCUAACGUGCUCACCCUGAACGAGAGCGUGUCGUCCGACUUUGGAGAGUGUCACUUGGCGUUCAAACCACUUCCGACGGAGAAUGAGUACGAAGUCGUCGUUCUGGGGCGCAUAUCGUCGGGCUACCCGUUUAAUACCGGCUACUUAAUCACCAAGAUGGUCCUCUCAGCCCACAACGCGCUCGACCUUCCAGAUCGCGAUUUCUUAGACAUGCAUCAUCGUGUGGCGAGGAUGUUGAGCGAGACCGAUGUUGUUGAAGAGAUUGAGAGCCGGCGGGAUCGGCUGGACACUGGAGAUUUAUGCGAUCAGUCUUCGACGGAUGUAGCUCACAUCUUUCCGUUGAUGCUGACUUGUUUGAGCAAUUUGUAA